AUGAUUCGCUUCGUACUUGAAAAUGGCAGUGUUCAGGAAGAGCUGCUAGAUCUCAUUCCAUUAACGGGAAAAACAACUGGAUUAGAUGCUUAUCUUUCGCUGAAAAAUUCAAUCCUAGCACACGAAGUGCCACUGGAGAAACUGGUCGCGGUAACGACAGACGGUGCUCCGUCAAUGACAGGAAAAAUUACAGGAUUCAGUGGACAAUAUUUACGUGACCCAGAUUUUCCACGUUUUUUAUCUUUCCAUUGCAUAAUACACCAAGAAGUAUUAUGCGCGAAAACUUUAAAUAUAAAAACCGUAUUUGAAGUAGUGAAAAAAGUGAUAAAUUCAAUUCGCGCGCGUGCAUUACAGCACCGACUGUUUAAGCUUUUGCUUGAGAAUGCUUCAGCCGAAUUCGCGGACUUCUUGUUACUGUACGAAGUAAGGUGGUUGAGUGCUAGUGAAGUUGUGUUUAGAUUCUUUAAACUUCUUCCAGAAAUAAUAGCGUUUCUAGAAUCUCACGGCGAACACUGCGAGGAGUUGUACGAUUCAGCAUGGAUCUUAGACUUGGCAUUUCUUGUAGAUGUUUUAAAAGAAAUGAACAUCUUGAAUAAAACGUUGCAAUCGCAGCAUGUUGCAGUGUGGACUUGUCUACAAUGGAUUAACCAAUUCCAAAAGAAAAUUGAUAGGUGGAUUAGCAUUAUCCAACGCAGGGCAUUCACCGAAGAAGAGUUAAAAAAUUUUCAACAUGCCAUGGAACAGCAAAGCAUAAUGCUAUCUCCUGAAGUUGAACAUCGAUUUCUUCAAAUUCUAAAAGAAUUAAAAAAAGAUUUUGAAAAAAGGUUUCAGGAUUUUGACAUUGUCAAGCUCAUUUACAAUUAUUUGACGAACCCGCUAAUGGACUUGGAAGUUCCGUAUAUGGAAGAAUUGUGUGCUCAAAUGUCGAAGCUCUUUCAGAUCGAUGAGAACAAAGCGGUCAACGAGAUGAUUCGCUUAUCUACUGCUUUGUGGACUGGAUCGAGAUGUGAAGAUUUUUGGAGGCACCUGGAAUUUUCGGAAUAUCCAAAUCUGAUCACCGUCUUCCACAGAAUAUUAUCUAUAAAUGGAACUACGUGCCGUUGCGAAUCCAUGUUUUCUUUAAUGAACAACAUAAAAUAUAAGACCAGAUCAAGCAUUGAUGAUGGAAAUUUGAAUGAUGUAAUGCAGCUUGCAGUGACAACAUACACUCUUGACAUCGAGGCACUUGCGCAAAAAAUGCGUUCUUAUACCAGGAUGCACUGA